AGGGCAGCUGGGACACUCAGCUCCCUCAGCUGUCCCCGGGCUCUCACACAUCCCUGCCCCACGAGAGAAUUCUCUUCACUGUAGUCAGUCAGUACUGUUAGAGUCCAGUUUUCCUAGCCAAGAAGUUACAGAAACAUGUCCUCUGAAGAAUGAGUUCCACCUGGAACGUUCUGUUUCCUCGAAGCUACGAAGAAACUUCCCAAGCUGCCUGUCUUCCUGGAAAACUCCUCCUCAUGCCCUAAAUUGUUCUCAGUCAGAAGCUCAGCUCAAAGCGGCAAGCAACGGACUACCUCUUGCUCCUCUGCAAACAUUUACGGAUGAGGAGAUGAUGAUCAAGAGCGCAGUUAAAAAAUUUGCCCAAGAACAAGUUGCUCCUUUUGUUUCAAAAAUGGAUGAAGAGUCAAAAAUGGAAAAAUCCAUAAUACAAGGAUUAUUUCAUCAAGGGUUGAUGGGUAUUGAAAUUGACACAAAAUAUGGAGGAACAGGAGCUUCAUUUUUUUCCUCUGUCCUAGUGAUAGAGGAGUUAGCCAAAGUUGAUGCAUCUGUGGCUCUGCUAUGUGACAUUCAGAACACAUUAAUUAACAGGAUGAUUGGAAAAUAUGGAACAGAAGAACAGAAGGCUACCUAUUUGCCCAAGCUAGCUACAGAAAAGGCAUCAAGUAUCUGCAUUUCAGAGACUGGAGCAGGUAGCGAUUCAUUUGCUAUGAAGACCAGAGCUGAUAAAAAGGGAGAUUAUUACAUCAUCAAUGGGUCAAAGAUGUGGAUUAGCAGUGCUGAGAUUGCUGGGCUGUUCGUGGUAAUGGCAAAUGCAGACUUUUCUGCUGGGUAUAAAGGAAUUACCUGCUUCUUGGUCGAUGGUGAUACCGAGGGCCUUCAUGUAGGGAAACCAGAGAACAAAUUGGGAAUCAGAGCAUUUUCCACCUGCCCAGUCACAUUUGAAAAUGUCAAGGUUCCAAAAACAAAUAUCCUGGGGCAAGUUGGGCACGGCUAUAAGUACGCCAUCGGGAGUCUUAAUGAAGGCAGAAUAGGAAUCGCUGCACAGAUGCUGGGACUGGCUCAAGGCUGUUUUGACUGCACUAUUCCAUAUAUUAAAGAAAGGGAACAGUUUGGCAGAAGGGUAUUUGAUUUUCAGGGGCUCCAACACCAAGUGGCUCACAUGGCCACCCAGCUGGAAGCUGCACGAUUACUGACAUACAAUGCUGCGAGGCUCUUAGAAGCUGGAAGGCCAAUGAUUAAAGAAGCAUCUAUGGCCAAAUACUAUGCAUCAGAGCUGGCAGGCCUCAUUACCAGCAAGUGUAUCGAGUGGAUGGGAGGAGUGGGCUACACCAAAAGUUACCCUGUGGAAAAAUAUUUCCGAGAUGCGAAGAUUGGCACGAUUUAUGAAGGAACUUCAAAUAUCCAGCUGAACACCAUCGCAAAGUGCAUCGGUGCGGAAUACUGACAGGACAGCCAAAGAAGCGGGCCCCCUCCCUGGUACCACUGGCGUUAAAUUUUAAACUGUGUGCCUUGCUGGGGGCUGUGGACCUCCAUCUCACUGAGUGAUUUCAUUUGGGCCCUUCAUCUUGCAUCUGAGACCCUUUCUGUCUUUUCUUUACAAUCUGCUUAACUUGGGCAUAGAAAAUCAUUUUUAAAAUUUGGGAAUAAAUGUACCAUAUUUUCUCCAAAACUAUUUUUAAAGCUCUGUAUGCAUUAUCAUUCUAGCUACUGAAUGUGUGUGCUCCGGGGUCCCCAUGACCCAACUAGAGAGCCCGUGUGCCUCAGCCAAAGAUCCCACAUGACAGAAAACCUGACACAGCCAGAUAAAUGAAAAAACAUUUUAAAAUAAAUAAAUAAAAGAUGAUCAGACUUAAAAAAAAUAAAAAGUCUCUACAUUAGUUUUCAAGUAUGAAGUUUAAAUAAUUUAAUAAUCAGAAUAUACUCAACAUUGUAAUAUUCAUUUUACCAACGAUGCUGUUUACUUCUGUUUAUAUUGAAUACUUAAGCUUCAAUUUAAAUUGAAUACUGAGUAAAAUUGUUUACUCAAGCUUAGUUAUUGAGCUUUAUCAUGAUAGGUAAUUCAGAAAUUAUACUUUAGUUUGGUGAUUCUCCAGAGGGGUUAUCUUACCCUCUUAAUGAAGUGUAUUAAAAUCUUGUAAGGAAGGAGAAAUACAAGAGAGCUGUAGGGUUCAAAAAGCAGAUUGAGAUAUUAUAAAAAAAAAAAAAGGACAUAUCUGGGAAGGCAAAAAUCUGUUGUUUUACAGUCAAAUUAUGGAAAGGCAAAGCUCAACAAAAUAUCUAGCUGGCAAUGCCAGUUCUUCAGUAUCAGGGAUUCUCGACCAGGAGAAGAGGAUCUAAGUCCUCUGUCCCCUAGCGGGGAGGUGGACAGUGAAGGGCUGAGUGUGUUGUAUUUCCUGAGACAGGGCAAGGAUUAGAGGUGUUGGAGAAUGUUUCACCGUUCAUCCAGUUGUUUAAAGCAAUCACUGCUGUCAAAUGGGAAGCACUUUAGUACUUUAAUGAAAGGAUGACGUUUAUUAAGAAAACUUGACAUUUUCAAAGUAAUUUUGCUUUACACAUUCAUGUUCUUCAAAUUUGUAUAAUGCAUAUCAUGGUUAAGUAUUCAGAAUUGUGUAAGUACAGUGGAGAUAGGAGUUACGUCAGAAUAUUAGAAAGACAUAUGGACAAAUUUAGACCUCUGAUCAAAAGAGAUCAAGUCUACUUAACUUUCAGAUAGGGAGCUGACAGAAACUAAUCAUUCAGUCUUUCAGAACAAAAGGACAGUGCUCUGAUAAGGAAAGUAGGGAUGGAUGAAUUGUCCUAAAGCGGGGCAGGGACAUCUUUGAUUUCUGUGGUUAUUUGAGUGAGGUGGGCUUUUCAGAUGACAGAGUAGAAACCAACAUCAGUAAUACUAACUUCCUCCCCUAGAGUUAUAAACGUGAAGCUACAAUAAACCUUGUUCAGAUUAGCAGUACGAGAGAGGCUUCUGUGUAUACCUGAACCUUGAAUUUGUAUUUCAUAUUGAUACAGUUCUAAUUGUGUGUAUGUUUUUGUACAUGUUCGCAAAUAACAGUUGAAAAUCAUGUAUUAUAGUUAGUAUCUGUCCCUGCCUUCUUCCAUUAGUGAAUUUUGUUAUUGUACCAUUUACCAAAGAGGAUGUGGUAGGUUUUCCUCAUAGUUCUUCCAUUAUAGCUUUUCUUAAUAACCAUGACUUUGGGAGUUUUGAGUUUGUGUCCAGUGGAAGGACAGGCUUGUUUACCUCCUGAAACCUGUCAUUACUGUUUGUUAAUUUGAGGAUAGGGCCAUUACGGGGCCCAGAAGGAAAAGCCUUGAACACAAGCACCAAGUCAUAUUUAUGUGGGCAGAGCUGGACUCACCCCAACUGCCACGUUAGCAUUGUCAGGAAUUUCACUUUACAACACAAAAAUGAAUCGGUGUCAAAGAUUUUAGAAUUAUGGAAAGCUCCCAAUUCCUGGUGUCUCGGUAAAGAAUCUGCCUGCAAUACAGGAGACCAGAGUUCAGUCCCUGGGUGGGGAAGAUCCCCUGUAGAAGGGAGUGGCUACCCACGCCAAUACUCUUGCCUGGAGAGUUCCAUGUACAGAAGCGGGAUACAGUUCAUGGUGUCACAAAAAGUCAGACACAACUAAGUGACUAACACUUUCACUUUCAAAUCUUAGAAAGACUUGAGAGAACCAUCCAGCCAACUCUCUUCAUUUUAAAAGUGAAGGAUUUGGCAAAACUAAUACAGUUAUAUAAAGUUUAAAAAUAAAAUUAAAUUAAAAAAAAAAAAAAAAGUGAAGGAUUCAUAUAGCCCAGAAUACUUACCCGAGAUCAUCCGUCCAGGGCCAAAGAUAAGACAGAGAUCCAAAUGUACUGGCUCCCAAUUCUGUGCUCUUCCUACUGUUUACCACUGUCUCUGUUCAACACAUUCUGGAUUUCAUCCUUGUUAUAUUUCAGUCCUCUUAUUGAUUUAUUUUAGGUUUAACUGAUAAAAGAAUAACAUGUCAGAAGUGUUAAGACUGAUGGGUGUCAUUACUUACAUUUAUAAAUCACCUGACGAAUAUACCAGCUCUCCUAGUAUGUAGCUGGUAUGUCAAAUGUGAGGAUGAUUGUAAUCACUUGGUUUUAUGAUUAUGAUGUGUUUUAGUAAAUGCACUAAUCCUUGCUGAUGUAUUUUUGCUGAUCUUUCAGAAUGUAAAACUUUUGUUGUAAUGGUACACAUCAGACUGUAAUCAGUGUUACAAAAUCAAUAUUCUAUGGAGAAGGAGAAAAUAAAGCACUACCUGGAGGCUUUUGCUACUUUAAUAAAGCAGAGUUGUUUGUUAUGCGUACAGAAGUAAGAAAACCAUGUAGUCUUCCCGCAAGACAGAGCCUGUGCCUUUGUUUACCAAGCUGGUAGCUUGCCUGUCAUGUAAGCUGAUUUUGUUUGUUUUCAGGGAAGAGACCAAUUUUAAAUUCGUGAUGCUAAAUAAAAUUUUUACCAGAUUGA